CUUAAAGUAAACUUAAAAGAAAUGUUUAAUGACUCUUUAUCUACUGUUCCUUAGCCAAGCAUCAAGAUAACUUCUCCACUGCAAUUUUUGAAUGCAACAAUUGGCUACCCUUCGAACUUUCAUCACUUUAUGACGUCACAUACCAUCUCCAAGCUUUGCUUCGAACAACAAACUUACAAAGUUCCAGACAGCGUUCCACUACGUGGACACAGCGACAGACGUGCAACAUGUGGCAAACACUACUCUCUGUGUUUACCUGCUGCCUGAAUGGGAAGGUGAAUAAAGUGUCACCAGGCGAGGAGAAGACUGGGGACGGACUGGCGGAACCACCAGUGAUUCCUAUAACCAGUCCCCCGGUCCUCGUGAUGUCCCAGCCGCGGCCGGACAGGUCCUCAGCCGAUAUCCUGGCCGAGCUACGCGAUGAGGGUGUGUUACCCGGCCUGAAACGGCGUGACAAUGCCGUCGCCUUCCAGGUGCCGACCGAGAACCCUGGUACUCCCCCGCGCCACCAGGUGAGGCUGAAGAAAAUGGAGAAGCGGAUGGAGGAACGGCGUGAGAAGGUGAAGAAAAUCUGCCCUGAGUCUCGUGGCGACCUGAAGAGGCAGCUGAAUGACGCGGAGGUUAGGAGACAGGACCUCUUGACCAAGAAGACCGACACUUAUAAGAAGUCUGCAGAGAAAGUGGCUAGGAUCAAGAAGGAGGCGAGCAAGAAAAACGGCACCGCUUUUGUGAUCACCUCCACAAGCGACUGCGAUGUCAUCGCUACACGAGAAUCCCAAACAGCUUGA